GAUGGCUUCGCGCUGUGGUACGUGCACGACGACGGCGUCAAGCAGCUCCAGGCGGCCACGGCCCAGCAGAUCCAGGCGGUCACGGGCGGGCAGCUCGACCUGUUUGGGUACAAGGAGGCGUACCGCGGCCUCGGGGUCUUCUUCUACUUCGACGCCGGGUCCCCGAUGGCGAACGUGCUCGCCAACGACGGGGCGGGGCGGCGCGUGACGCGCACGGACGUCCUCUCGGCGGACGGCGGCCUGGGGCUCUACGAGGUGCUGCUGGAGGCGUCGGGCAAGGCGACCAGGGAGCUCAGGAUGAAGCUGAGCGUCGCGCCGGGGAAAGUGGUGCUGGAGGUGGCCGGCGCCGGCCGGAUGCAGGUCGACGCGGCUCUGGAGCCCGGGGGGUACAUCGCCGUGACAGCCAUGCCGCGGCCGUAUUACGGGGCCGAGUCGGCGCAGUCCUCGCCAGGCACCGUGAGGUUCACCCAGCUCCGCG